AGCUGCUGAUUUUCUUCAUUCGAAACGCCUCGCUGUUGGACCAGUUAGCUCUAGCAGCAGCGCUCUACUUGCUCACGGGGAAGAAGAAAACAGUCGUCCAUCAAUCCGCAACUUUUUCUGGACUCUCGAACCGAAUAAUUCAGUGCGUGGUGUAUAUUUUUACCUUUAGUGUUUUGUGUGUGGCAACGGAAAGGAAAAUCUCCGAUCGCGUUUUUCCUUCUUUUGUGAUCCGGCGAUUUUUAGUUUCAGUUUUCUGCGUUCCUGAUUUUUCCUUGCCCGGAGCGCCCCGGAGUGUGUGUCAACAGCAGCGGUGAAAAAUCAUUGUUUGCUCGUACACAAGAAGUUGUAAGAGUUCCAGCCAUUGCAUUUUCAGUGCAGCACCCCACAUCCGAGAAGAGAAGUUGGAUAAAUCGAAAUAAGAAGCAAAAAUCGUAUACCCAUCGUAGUUGAGGAGCAGUGUAGGAAAAGAAGCAGUUCGAGAGCUGUGUUUGUGUGAUACUCCAAGAAGAAAGAAACAACCAUCGACAGGAAAGUGUGUGCGAGUAAGCGGAAAAAAGUGUUACGGAAAAAUAGAUACCAACAAAAAAAGCCUGUGCCCUGUGCUGCUGCUGCUGAGAACGACCAAACCUCGUCCCGUCAAAGAUGGAUCUAUUUGAGAAGGGAAGCAUAGUCAACAUCAAACGAAGCGAUGGUCGCGUACAUUCCGCGAUGGUUUCCAGGAUCCACGAGGCGUCACGCUCGGUCACCGUAGAGUGGUACGAGCGUGGCGAAACCAAAGGCAAGGAAGUCGAGCUAGACAUGCUGCUGGAGCUAAACAAACCAGACCAUUUAGGCGGAGACAGUGAUGCCACACUAGUGCCACAACUUAGAAAGGACCAUAUAACUCCUGCACCAGCCAACCUUGCUAGGGAAUCGUCACAAUCGUCCGCCGAGGACGACGGUUUCCUGGACGAUCAAGAAGAUCCUGCCUUGGUGCAGCACAACAAUAACAACAAUAACCACGGUAGCAGUAACGGAACUAAUGGAACCAGCGGCGGAACAGGUCUCGCCGGUGGCGGUGGAACCAUGUCCAUCAACCGGUCCACGAAUGCGGCGUCCAAAUCGAAUGCUACACAAGGUGCAAUCAGCAGGCUCAACGUGGUGAAUGGAGCUGCACGAACAGCGCGAACCUCGCUGGCCCCGAGCAUCAACGGCCAAGACCAGUCCGAGAACAUUCCCCCGCAGAAAGCUAAACAGGCUAAGGCACAGCCCACCAUAGGCAGGAUGUCGGUGGCCGCUCAACCUACGGCUGCUAGCCAGAUCGCACCUCCACCAACAACGGCAGCCUCGCAGCUUCAGAAGGACGCUUCCAACCCGCGUCGAUCGUACGUUGUGAAGGAGGUUGAACGAUUGAAGGAAAAUCGCGAGAAACGACGAGCCAAGCAAGCGGUCAUACGGGAGGAAAAGAAUGCCCUAAUGAAUCUCGAUCCGGGGAACCCCAACUGGGAACUGGCGGCGAUGAUUCGUGAAUACCAAAGCCAAAUCGAUUUCCGGCCACUCCUCGACGGUCAAGCCAUCACCGAUAAUCAAAUUACGGUGAGCGUACGCAAGAGGCCGCUGAGUCGGAAGGAAGUAAUGCGCAAAGAACUGGACGUCAUCUGCGUGCCCACGAAGGAUACACUGAUUGUGCACGAACCCAAAUCCAAGGUGGAUCUGACAAAGUUCUUGGAGAACCACAACUUCCGGUUCGAUUAUGCGUUUGACGAUACCUGUGACAACGAGAUGGUCUACAAAUACACGGCAAAGCCUCUAGUACAGACAAUUUUCGAAGGUGGAAUGGCCACUUGCUUCGCAUACGGUCAAACGGGUUCCGGAAAAACACACACCAUGGGAGGCGAUUUCAACGGUAAGGUUCAGGACUGUAAAAACGGCAUCUACGCAAUGGCCGCCAAGGAUGUUUUCACCUAUCUGCACAGCCCGAAAUAUAGCCCUCUGAAUCUGGUGGUAUCGGCGAGCUUCUUUGAGAUCUACAGUGGAAAAGUAUUUGAUCUCCUUUCGGACAAACAGAAACUACGCGUUCUUGAGGAUGGCAAGCAGCAGGUGCAGGUUGUUGGUCUAACAGAGAAAGUAGUUGAUUCCGUAGAAGAGGUGCUAAGUAUCAUCAACCAUGGCAACAGCACACGCACAUCGGGUCAAACGUCGGCCAAUGCAAACUCUUCUCGAUCGCAUGCCGUCUUUCAGAUCGUAGUCCGGCCUUCAGGAUCCACGAAGAUUCACGGCAAGUUCUCCUUCAUUGAUUUGGCAGGUAACGAACGAGGUGCGGACACAUCAUCGGCCAACAGACAAACUCGAAUGGAGGGUGCAGAAAUCAACAAAUCCCUACUAGCGCUGAAGGAAUGUAUUAGAGCACUCGGAAAACAGAACGCCCACUUGCCAUUCCGUGUGAGUAAGCUAACCCAGGUCCUGAGGGAUUCGUUUAUCGGAGAGAAGAGCAAAACCUGUAUGAUUGCAAUGAUUUCACCGGGACUGAGUUCGUGUGAGCACACGCUGAACACGCUGCGGUACGCAAAUCGCGUCAAAGAACUAGUGGCCAUUGAUCCGUCCGAACGCGCGGACGACGUCGAACCGAUGGAAAGUGAUGAACCGAAGAACGGUAUGCUAUCGGAGAACGAUUUGGCUCAGCUGCGAUCUUUGAAUGAGCACGAUAUGUCGGUGGAAAUGUACAAUCAGCAUGCGGCUAUUUCGGAUCUACAGCAAACGGAGGAAGAAGUUGUCGAUCACCACCAGAAGGUGAAUGAAUUCCUGAUGAAGUUCUUGCCUGAAUCGAGAGAGCUAUACAAACUGACGAACUAUGUCGAUUACGAUCAAGACGCUUACUGCAAACGUGGUGAAGAGCUGUUUACUCAACUGGCGGAGAUUGCUACUACCUGCAAGGAUCUAAUGUCGGAGUUCCGCACGAAACUAACCAAGGAGGAAAUGCUGUCGCACAAGAUCAAACCCGAACGAAAAUACAAAUAAACUCCCUACUAACUCUCCGUUAGUUCAAGCGUAAAAACGAAAUGAAAUUUAUACCUUUAAGAACGGGAAGCAUGAGUGCGUACGAAACAGGACUGUUGAUUUGAUAUGGUGCGUUUGCAGGAACAGCUGCCAACUGGAAGCCGAAGGGAAGCUGUGCUAUCCGAUCGCUGUCCAUUGGCGCCUGUGCCCCAUUUGCACCUGUUGCAGUCUCUGAUAACGAAUGAAUAGUUGUUGAAAACACGAGAUUUUUCGCUGCGCUCUACUACGAAACUGUUGCUAGGAAAAUGAAUGAAGAAAGGGGACACGUUUGUGAAAAUGCAAGAAUUUAUUUAUUAAACACCAUUUUUAAACUCAUUCUACACUAGCGUAACACAGAAGAUGAGUAAAAAAAAACAAACGGAGAAACUUCUACGCAAACUGAUGAUUCCGAACUGCGGUGAGAAGCAUCAUUGACCGAAGAUAUUACAGCGAAUAAAAGCUAAAUACAGACUAUUUUCCAAUAGAUGAGAUAUCUUUUCGUAGUAUUGUUGUAGAAGCAGAAUAAACAAAUCCAACCUUAAACACAAGAAUUCCUAACAAGAUAACUAUAACACAUUCUGCUGGAUAAACGCUCCCCCUACUAUAGCCAUUUCUAUAAGUUCAUUCCUCGGAAGAGAAGCAAAGUAGGUACACUAGUGUUGGAUAUCUGUUGAAAAGUUUAACCGAACAAAACGACCAAUAUUUAAUUGUUAAGUGAUGAAAUGAUCCACUCUAUCUCUCUUAGCAAACUGGAAACAACACAUUAUCAACUGUAUUAUAAAGCUUGUCAAAACCAAUUGAUUUAAGUUUUCUGGUUUUCUUUUAAAACUUUAAUCGUUUUGAUUUACUGUCUAUCCACCUCUGAAUCUAACUCGAAUAUUACACUGAUAAGAGCAACCGAAAACAAAAUCUACUUGCUAUUUUCUAUCAUUUCUCACAACAGUCACAAAGUUACUAACAAAGAUAAAGAUGUCAAAAACGAAAAAAAAAAUGAAAUCUUACAACGUCAAGACUGCGGUAGCUCAGACUGAGAGCUUACCGAAAGACUACAAAAGUAAGAGCUACAAAAAAUGGUGCAGAAAGAGAGGUGGUGAGGAGAGACGCUAAGCAAGUAGUAUACUGCAAACAUUUAAUGAAUAAUUUUGCUUUGCUCUAAAAAAAAACCUAUAUAGGAAAACCGGAAAGGGAUGCAUCUAAAAUGAGCGUGGAUGAAAUAAAUGUAGAUAGGUACGGCUUGAUGAAAUACAAGGUAAAAAGACGAAACAAAUGGCAAACAUAUUAUAGACUAUUAGAAGCAGAAUGCAGCAACUGAAACAAAAUAUUAAAAGUAACACUAUACAAGUAUAAGAGUAUUUUGAGAGUGUGAUCAAAUUUGAACAAAGCAACAGAAAACAAAUGUAUUUGUCUAAAGCGAAAAUAUUACCCAGUCAAAAAAGCUAUAUUUCGACAAAAAAAAAACGUUAGUUAAGUUUGUAGUUUUUUCAAUUAUUCUCUCUUAUGUUUCUGAAUCGAAGCGAAGAUAUGCCAGAACAGUCGAAGCUUGAGUCUGAAUUUGGCAUUUGUCCAGUGGUAGAAGAAAAGCAACAAUAAUGAUGUAUCAUUGCACACACACACAUUGACUCGAGAAAGUCGCAAACAGGAAGGAAAGAAAAGUACUCACUCCAAACGAGCAAGUAGAGUGAAAUAAUGGAAACAGCGAAAAGCGUUUCGCAGUUAAUAUGAUUUAAAUGGUAAUUAUUUAAUUAACCUUGUUUUCUUUUAAUAUGAUUCGAAGAAAGUUUCUUUUAUACUCAUCUCAAAAUGAUAACAAUCAAAAUUAACGCUGAAAACGAA